UUCAAAAUUCAGAAUUCAGAAUUCAGAAGGAAUCAACAAUGUUGUAUGCAACAAGGUUUAGGUAUUCUGUUCGUCAAAUCCCUAAUUUUGUUACACUCUCUACUCUCCCUCUUUCGUGUUCCUGUUCAUGGACAAGCCUUCACUUUCAUUCCGAGCCUCCAUCCCUUCGUGAAGUUGACGAUGCUGUUGAUUCCUUCACUCGCAUGCUCAGUAUGCGUCGCCCUCCAUCCAUCAUCCAAUUCACCAAGAUUUUGGGAUCUCUUGCCAAGACCAACCAUUUCCCCACCGCCAUUUCCCUUUUUCAGCAAUUGCAAGCCAGGGGAAUCGCUCCCAAUUUAUUUACUUUGAAUAUCCUAAUCAAUUGUUGCUGCGGCAUGGGUCGGAUCACUCUCGCUCUCUCUGUGUUGGCCAAGAUUUUCAGGAUGGAUUAUCAACCUGAUAUCAUAACAUUGAAUACACUCAUUAAAGGUCUCUGUCUCAGUGGUAAGGUUGGAAAAGCACUACACUUUCAUGACACAAUGCUGGCUCAAGGAUUUCAGUUUAAUGAAGUCACCUAUGGGACGUUGAUUAAUGGGCUCUGUAAGACCGGACAAACAUCAGCUGCUAUUCAAGUGUUGAGAAAGAUCCCACGGCAUGGGAUUGUUCCUAAUGUCAUCAUGUACAGCGCAAUUAUUGAUAGCUUGUGCAAGGAUACACUUGUAAGUGAUGCUUUCCAUUUAUUCUCUGAAAUGCUUGCUAAGGGAAUUUCUCCCAAUGUUAUCACUUACACUUCUCUGAUUUAUGGAUUGUGCCUUGCUGGUCAACUUAAGGAAGCCAUUUAUAUACUAAAUCAUAUGAUGCGGGAAAACACUAAUCCAAAUGUUUGUACCUAUAGUACUUUGAUUGAUGGGUUUUGCAAGGAAGGAAAUAUCAAAGAUGCUAAGAGUGUGUUGGCUGUAAUGACAAAAGAUUGUGUGAAACCAGAUGUGGUUACUUAUAAUAGCUUAAUAGAUGGCUAUUGUUUGGUUAAUGAGGUAAAUAAGGCAAAAUUUGUAUUCAACACAAUGGCCCAAAGAGGAGUGUCACUUGAUGUUCAAAGUUAUAAUAUCUUGAUUAAUGGUUUUUGCAAAAAUAGAAUGGUCGAUGACGCCUUGAAUCUUCUUGAAGAAAUGCGUUGCAAGAACUUGGUUCCAAAUACUAUAACAUUUAGUAUUCUUAUUGAUGGCUUAUGCAAAUCAGGGAGAAUAUCUUGUGCUUCCAAGCUUCUUGUUGAGAUGCAUGAUAAAGGGCAACUUGCUGAUAUAAUCACAUACAAUUCCUUUCUUGAUGCUUUAUGCAAAAACCAUCAUGUUGACAAAGCACUUGUUUUAUUCAACAUGAUUAAAGAUCAAGGCAUUCGCCCAGAUAUAUGUAUGUACAACAUACUUAUAGAUGGUUUGUGCAAAAGUGGAAGAUUAAAAAAUGCAAGAGAGAUUUUUCAAGAUCUUUCUAUUGAAGGCUAUCGUCCAGAUGUGAGGACAUACACUAUUAUGAUCAAUGGGCUUUGUAAAGAGGGCCUGCUUCACGAAGCAUUGGCGUUCUUGUCAAAAAUGGAAGACAAUGGUUGCUUACCAAAUGCUGUGACUUAUGAAAUAAUCAUUCGUGCUCUGUUUGAAAAAGGUGAAAAUGAUAACGCGGAGAAACUUCUUCGUGAAAUGAUAUCUAGAGGCCUAUUGCAAGGAUAAAAGUAGGUGAGAUUGUUCUUGUUAGACAUCAUAAAAUGUUGUUUGUAUCUCUUUCUUUUUAACUUGUGUUUUGUUACCUUCUUCCUAAUCAUCUAUCCAUUCCAUAUUAUUGAUGCUUCUGUUCCUUUCUCUACAUGAUGGUGAUUCUUUGUUGUGUUUAGCCACACUUGGAUAUUUUCAGUCAUUGCUUAUUUUAUGGCUUUUUGUGUCAAGGUGGUUGUCACAUGUGUCUUGUGGGGAUAUAUUGUUAUUUCCUUUUUUAUUAUAUUUGUGCUUUGAUGUUAAGUUAUUCCUAACUAAGUUUGUUUUGAUUUCCUCAUUCAAAGGGAAUCACUUGUUAAGUUUCUCUACACUCUUGUUAUUAUCUUUCAUUCUUUUCAUUUUCCCAUGCAGCAAUAUACUUGCUGAUGUAGCCAUCUAAUGUAUUUUGGAUCAUGUUUCCAAAAUUAUUUUGCAGACAUCUUCUCAUUUUCUGUGUUCAUGCAAUUGCCUUGCCCUAUAAGGCUGUACCUGAGGCAUAUUGUACAAAUGCGAUUAACUUUGACAAAACAAGAUCAUUGAUUUUCUUCUCAUAAUAGAAUAAAUAAAUGUUUGAAGGGGAGCGUUGUUGUAACGGUUGAGUUGUCUCUGUGUGACCUCAAAGGUCACGGGUUCAAGCCGUGGAAACAGCCACUGAUGUAAUUAUCAGGUUAUAGAAUAAAUGAACGUUUCUUUUGAUUCAAGGUCCAAAUAUCCAUGGCUAACAAAAAUCAAGCUUUGAUUGAACUACUAUUUGGCAUAUAUGAGACAGUUUGCUUCCUAAUAUUUAAAGUAUGUGUCCACUUUAUAUGAAGCUUCAUCCAACUUUUUCACAUUCCGGUUAAUCUAUAUUUAUUAUUUUAUUUUGAUCUGAUAACUGCAUCUUAUCAUUUAUAAAUAGAAAUGCGGAAUUAGAGACAAGAGCCUGAAACGCAUGUUUAUCUGAAUUCUAGUUUUUUUUUUCUCUCAAGUAUUUUAUAGUUUCCUGUUAGAUUCUGACAUUUCAAUUUGCUAAUUGGACUUCCCAAAACUAUGUUGUCAUUCAAAUAAAUUGUAACAAGAUUUGGCUGUACCGUUAAACUGCUCGAAUAUUAGAUGCCAGUGAGUGUAAAAUAAUCAUGGCCCUGUUUUCUUUCUUUUAAAUUGUUGCUGUCAUUUAUGAAAAGUUUGUUAUUUUCAAAACAAUAGGUGAUCAUUCUUCUUUCUUUUAAAUUGUUGCUGUCAUUUACGAAAAGUUUGUUAUGGGCUUAACAGCAACAUAAUCAUUUCGUCCCACUAGUAGCUAAAUACAAGUUACUUUGGGUAGAAUAUAAAAAUAGCAAUGCGAGUCACAUUGCAACAAAUACACACCCUUGUGAUUAUUUUCUCAUCCACAUUCUGCUGAGUGCUGAUUGCCUUUUCAGGUCACACAAUACCAUUAGGAUUUUACAAAAUGUGUCCUGUUUCCGUCUCCUUGAUAGCUUGGCAUGGUAAUGAUUGCUUUCUACUGGGCACACUACAAACCAUGUAUUCUACUCUCCAAGAGUUGGUUGAUAUUGCUGCCAAAAGUAAAUCACCAAGAAAUGCUGUCACUAGGGAAGAAUGUGCUGAAAUUGCGAAAGAAAAGAUAUUUCUGCACUAUAUUAGAUAAAUUCAGCACUUUGAGUUCUGAUAUAAUUAUGCAACAUGGCUGGAACAUUUUACGACAUCAUCUUUGGCCAAAACUCAGCUGUUAUAAACCAUGCUUAUCUUUCAUUUGAAUCCAUGGAAAUCAAGGUUACAAAGACAAGCAGUGGCAGAAAGCCAUUGGAUUUUAUUCGGAAGCCAUAAAACUAAGCAGCAACAAUGCAACAUACGACAGUAAUAGGUCCCAAGCUUAUCUAGAACUUGGAAGAAUGUCGAAGUGUAUUUUAGAAGAGGUAGAGCUAGAGAGAUGCUUGGCUAUUAUACCGAUGCAAUUGAUGAUUUUCAACAUGCCUUGGUACUUGAACCAACCAACAAAAUGGCAUCCUCUGCUGCCGAAAGAUUGAGGAAACUAUUCCAGUAGAUAUAUCAUUCUGUCCACUAUAUGUGAUGGCUUUGGUAAGUCGUCGUUGGCUGCCGAAUGCUUCCAGAAACAUGAAGGUUUUGAACCUACUCAUUUCUUGUUAUAGCAUUCAUACAACAUUGUGUUAGGUGGUGUCAGCAAAAUUAUACUUAUUCUUUGUCCUUUAAGGGAAGAAAAGCUAGUAUUGUUCAAGUUCUACAUCACUAGUGUUAUUGCCAAAAGUAAUAUAAGGUCAUUAGGAUUGUAGUGUACAAGUGAUUUGAAGUACAGUGCUCAUGACUAAAGCUUAAUAUUUUGAUUUUGA